UAAUUGAUUUAGUUCUUCUAAAUCAUUUCUCAGCGUAACAACAACUGUGCACCCACCAGCGCACCACACACAACACCGCAAUCUUGGGCUUAGCAGGCGAUAACGGCCACCAACGCAAGACGAAAAAACCCAGACAAAAGAAAGGCGAGCGUUGUCGAGCGAAAGAAAAGAGAGUUGCACAAACCGAACGCGUCUUGAUCGCAGAGCAAACGCGUAAAAAUCGUUAAAUCGAAGUUACAGUUUUCGCAAAACUUCUCUAAAAAAACACAACAACAAAAAUGGAUGAUUUGAACAAGGAACAAAUUGUUCUCCUUCGCAAUGCCUUCAACGCCUUCGAUCCCGAAAAGAAUGGUUACAUCAAUACCCAGAUGGUGGGUACCAUUCUCAGCAUGUUGGGCCAUCAGUUGGACGAUGCCACAUUAGCUGAAAUUAUUGCCGAAGUCGAUGAGGAUGGUUCGGGUCAAAUUGAAUUCGAGGAAUUCACAACAUUGGCCGCUCGGUUCCUGGUUGAGGAGGAUGCGGAGGCAAUGAUGCAAGAACUCAAAGAGGCCUUCCGUUUGUACGACAAGGAGGGCAAUGGCUACAUUACGACCGGUGUGUUGCGUGAGAUUCUGCGCGAAUUGGAUGACAAGCUGACCAAUGAGGAUUUGGACAUGAUGAUUGAGGAAAUCGAUUCUGAUGGUUCGGGUACCGUUGAUUUUGAUGAAUUCAUGGAAGUCAUGACUGGUGGUGAUGAUUAAAUAUUUAUUUUCUUUUGUUGCAAUUACGCCAUUAGAGGAAUACCGUUCGCAUGUUUAUCAAAAUUUAUUUAGUUACUAUGCAUCUACAUAUAAACAAACUUAUAAGCUAUAAGAAAACGAAAAACAAAAAAUAUUUUUCUUUUGUAAAACCAACAACAACAACAACAACAAGAGGAAGAAAACCAAGAACAACAACACACACUCAACAUUUAAUUUAAUUAUUAAUAAAUUUUAAUUAUUAAAAUAAAACAAAUACUAAAACAACAACAAAAACCAAAACAAGAACUCAUUACAAAAACAACAACAACAAAAA